AUGACUUGCCGCGAGGGGCUGGAGGACACCACCAUGCCUUUGGCUAACGGCAAAAUUAUUGCAAAGAUUGAGGGCGCAAAUGCACCACUUGUUAAUAAAACAGUUAUUACCUUGAUCAAUGAAGAGAGGAAAAUUGCAGCAGGUGAAAUGGUUCGCCCUCAGGCAGAAGCUGACAACAUUGUGACUUUGCAGCCUUUUAGAGAUAAAUGUGAACCUGUUUUUCUCUUUAGUCUCAAUGGCAAAAUUAUUGCAAAGAUUGAGGGCGCAAAUGCACCACUUGUUAAUAAAACAGUUAUUACCUUGAUCAAUGAAGAGAGGAAAAUUGCAGCAGGUGAAAUGGUUCGCCCUCAGUAUCAUGAAAUUGCAUUAGUAGACUCAGAGAUAGAAGAUAUUGGAGAAGCACCAUAUGAAAGUGUUCACGAACCAUGUGGUAUUGCUGUUAUCAAACCUAAUGCUGUAAUUAAUAGAAAAGUUCUAGACAUUAAAGAAAAAAUUACCAGAGCAGGAUUUGUCAUAGAAGCAGAGGAUAAGAGAAUUCUCACUGAGGAUCAAGUUAUUGACUUCUACAGUAGCAUGGCAGACCAGCCUGACUUUGAAGAGUUCAUUUCUUUUAUGACAACCGGCCUGAGCUGUGUUCUAGUUAUAUAUCAAGGAAGUGAACAAAUGCCUGUCUUGGAAGAAACUGAAGCUGAGCCUGAAACGGAACUUAAAGAGCCUACUGAGGAUCAACCUGAUGUCAAAGCUGAGGUCACACCUGUAGUGACGAUGAAGCAAGACAGAACUUUACAAGAAUAUCUGGAAAGACAACAUAUAUCUCAGUUUUGUGAUCUUGAAGAAGAUGUAAUUAGGGUGACUAAGUUCAUUGAUAUCUUCUUCCCUGAUUUUAAAAAAAUGAAAGACAUGAAAUUACAAAAAACACUGGCAUUACUUCGGCCAGAUCUCUUUCAUGAAAGGAAAGAGGAAGUUUUGCAUUUUAUUGAAGAUGAAGGCUUCAAAAUACUGGAUCAAAGACAAAUAAUAUUAUCAGAACAGGAAGCACAUACACUGUGCAAGGAAUAUGAAAAUGAAAACUAUUUUGAGAAACUUAUAGAAUACAUGACCAGUUUAUGUGCACAGUUUGCAAUGGGAAGUUUGCCUGUCAACCAGUUGUAUGGAAGUGAUUCAUUAGAAACUGCUGAGAGGGAAAUAGAGCAUUUCUUUCCUCUUCAAAGCACUUUAGCACUGAUUAAACCUCAUGCAACACGUGAACAAAGAGAGGAUAUCCUGAGGAUCAUCAAGGAGGCUGGAUUCGAUCUGACACAGGCGAAGGAGAUGCUCCUAACUCAAGAGCGAGCAAACAAGAUUUAUUCAAAAAUAUCAGGAAAACCCUUUUAUAAAGAUGUAUUGGAAAUGUUAUCUGAGGGUCCAUCUCUGGUCUUGGUUCUGACCAAGUGGAAUGCUAUUGCAGAAUGGAGACAUUUGAUGGGCCCAGUAGACCCAGAAGAAGCAAGACUGCUGUCCCCAGACUCUAUCCGAGCCCGAUUUGGAAUAAGUAUUUUGAAAAAUAUUGUCCACGGAUCAUCUAAUGCUUAUGAGGCAACAGACAGCAUUGGUAAAAUCUUUGAAGAGUUUGUUUCUGAGAAUCCUGAGGAAAACUGA